AUGGAAUCCAGUUUUUUGUUGGGAAACGCCCAGAUUGUGGACUGGCCCGUAGUUUAUAGUAAUGACGGUUUUUGUAAACUCUCUGGAUACCAUCGAGCUGACGUCAUGCAGAAGAGUAGCACUUGCAGUUUUAUGUAUGGUGAACUGACAGACAAGAAGACCAUUGAAAAAGUCAGACAGACUUUCGACAACUAUGAGUCAAACUGCUUUGAAAUUCUCCUCUACAAGAAAAACAGAACCCCAGUUUGGUUCUACAUGCAAAUUGCACCUAUAAGAAAUGAGCAUGAAAAAGUGGUUUUGUUCUUGUGUACUUUUAAGGAUAUCACUUUAUUCAAACAACCAAUUGAAGAUGAUUCAACAAAAGGUUGGACCAAGUUUGCUCGGCUGACACGGGCCCUGACGAACAGCCGGAGUGUGCUGCAGCAGCUGACCCCGAUGAACAAGGCCGAGGUGGUGCACAAGCACUCCCGCUUAGCUGAAGUUCUCCAGCUGGGAUCUGAUAUUCUUCCUCAGUACAAGCAAGAAGCUCCAAAGACUCCACCACACAUUAUACUACACUAUUGUGCUUUUAAGACCACUUGGGACUGGGUCAUCUUAAUUCUAACCUUCUACACAGCAAUUAUGGUUCCAUAUAACGUGUCCUUCAAGACAAAACAGAACAACAUUGCCUGGCUCGUGCUGGACAGUGUAGUGGAUGUUAUUUUUCUGGUUGACAUUGUUUUGAACUUUCAUACGACCUUUGUUGGCCCUGGUGGAGAGGUUAUAUCUGAUCCCAAACUCAUACGGAUGAACUACCUGAAAACGUGGUUUGUGAUUGAUCUUCUGUCCUGUUUACCAUAUGACAUCAUCAAUGCCUUUGAGAAUGUGGAUGAGGGAAUCAGUAGCCUCUUCAGUUCCUUAAAAGUGGUGCGUCUUCUACGGCUUGGUCGAGUUGCCAGGAAGUUGGACCAUUAUCUGGAAUAUGGUGCUGCUGUGCUGGUGCUGUUGGUGUGUGUGUUUGGGCUGGUGGCCCACUGGCUAGCCUGCAUAUGGUACAGCAUCGGGGACUACGAGGUUAUAGAUGAACUCACCAACACAAUCAAAACAGACAGUUGGCUUUACCAGUUGGCCCUGAGCAUUGGGACACCAUAUCGAUACAACACCACUGGCUCGGGGCAGUGGGAAGGAGGACCCAGCAAAGACUCCUUGUACAUAUCCUCUCUCUACUUUACCAUGACAAGCCUUACAACGAUAGGAUUUGGAAACAUAGCACCGACCACUGAUGGAGAGAAGAUUUUUUCCGUGGCCAUGAUGAUGGUUGGCUCUCUUCUUUAUGCAACUAUUUUUGGAAACGUCACCACCAUUUUCCAGCAAAUGUAUGCCAACACCAACCGAUACCAUGAGAUGCUGAACAAUGUGAGGGAUUUCCUAAAAUUAUAUCAAGUCCCCAAAGGCCUUAGUGAAAGAGUCAUGGAUUAUAUUGUCUCAACUUGGUCCAUGUCUAAAGGAAUUGACACAGAAAAGGUUCUCUCAAUUUGCCCAAAGGACAUGAGGGCAGAUAUUUGUGUGCACCUGAACCGGAAGGUUUUUAACGAGCACCCUGCCUUCCGGCUGGCCAGCGACGGCUGCCUGCGGGCCCUGGCCGUGGAGUUCCAGACCAUCCACUGCGCCCCAGGGGACCUCAUCUAUCACGCUGGGGAAAGCGUCGAUGCUCUUUGCUUUGUGGUCUCAGGAUCCUUGGAAGUCAUCCAGGACGACGAGGUGGUGGCUAUUUUAGGUAAAGGUGAUGUGUUUGGUGAUAUCUUCUGGAAGGAAACCAGCCUGGCCCACGCAUGUGCCAACGUUCGGGCUCUGACAUACUGCGACCUGCAUAUUAUCAAACGAGAAGCCUUGCUUAAAGUGUUGGACUUCUAUACCGCUUUUGCAAACUCCUUCUCGAGGAAUCUCACGCUCACCUGCAAUUUGAGGAAGCGGAUCAUCUUCCGGAAGAUCAGCGAUGUCAAGAAGGAAGAAGAGGAACGCCUGCGCCAGAAGAACGAGGUGACACUGAGCAUCCCUGUGGACCACCCUGUGCGGAAACUCUUCCAGAAAUUCAAACAGCAAAAGGAGAUGCGCAAUCAAGGCUCAACCCACGUCGACCCGGAAAGGAACCAGCUUCAGGUGGAAAGCCGGAGCGUGCAGAACGGGGCCUCCAUCACGGGCACCAGCGUGGUCACUGUGUCUCAGAUCACCCCCAUCCAGACCACCCUGGCCUACAUGAAAACCAGUGAGGCCGUGAAGCAGAACAACCGGGAUGCGAUGGAGCUCAAGCCAAACGGAAACGGGGACCAAAAAUGUCUCAAAGUGAACAGUCCCAUGCGGAUGAAAAAUGGGAACGGGAAGGGGUGGCUUCGGCUGAAGAACACGAUGGGGGCCCAUGAGGAGAAGAAGGAGGACUGGAACAACGUCACAAAGGCCGAGUCCAUGGGGUUGCUGUCCGACGACCCCAAGUCCAAUGACUCGGAGAACGGUGUAAAUAAAAACCCGUUGAGGAAAACAGACUCUUGUGACAGUGGAAUAACAAAAAGUGACCUUCGCUUGGAUAAAGCUGGUGAGACUCGGAGCCCCCUGGAACACAGCCCCAUUCAGGCGGAUGCCAGGUGUCCUUUCUACCCCAUUCCUGAGCAGGCCUUACAAACCACGCUGCAGGAAGUCAAGCACGAACUCAAAGAAGACAUCCAGCUGCUAAGCAGUAGGAUGGCUGCCCUUGAGAAGCAGGUGGCAGAAAUUUUAAAAUUAUUGUCUGAAAAGAACGUAUCCCAGAUCUCUUCCCCCAAGUCUCAUUUAUCACCCCAACUACCCCCCCAGAUAUCCUGUCAGGAUAUUUUUAGUGUUUCAAGGCCUGCAUCACCUGAAUCAGAAAAAGAUGAAAUCCACUUUUAGCAUAUACCUAUGUGUAUAUAUGUAUACAGUAUAUAUGCAGAGCUGUAUAUAUACCUUUAUACAUAUAUAUAUAUGUGUGUGUGUAUAUGGUAAAUAUAUAUACAUAUAUAUUUUCACUUGCAUCCAAUAUGACUUGAACACACCAAGGAUUUUGAUAUGUAAAUAUUGCAUGUCCAGCUGGAUUCUGGCCUGCCAAAGAAAGCAAUUAUUAACAUAGAUAUUGCUUGUAUAAUAUGCAGUUGACUGCAUGCACACUUUACCUUUAUUUAUAAUCUCUAUUAUGUAAUAAAAGAAUGACUUUUGUUUAACAAAGGCAAUGUACUAUUUAAAGAAUCAGGGUCUAACCUGCCAAUAUUGCCAUGACAGUUUUGAUCUCAGGCUGGGUGAAUUGAGCUUUUAUUUCCUCACUGUCUUUUCUGCCGAGUUAAACAGUAGAUUAAUAUGACGUGAAGGACACGUUCAGACUCCUGUUAGUAUUGUUUCCUGGUAUCAUUCCAUGACAAUAUACUGUAUAUUUGGUGAUGAAUUCCCCUACUCCUCCUACAGGGAGGGCUCAGCUCAGUGGGCAGGGAAGGGCACCAUGCCUGGUGCUGGGGUGGAUCACUGGAAUUUAUUUGUGUGGGUAUUGUGCAUGCACAGCCUUUUAUUUCAAGUAUCCUCCUGCUCUGUUAACAUCGUAAGUAAGAAAUAAUAAUAAUAAUAGCAAUUUAUGUAACAAAAUGAAACUAACAGAAACUCAGUUGCACUGGGUGUUUGGGGGUAACUUCUUUCAUGAAAGCCUCCUUUUACUGAUGCCAUUUUUACUGAACUGUUAGAGUAACAUUAUGUAAAUUCUCUUUGCAGCACUCAGUGAUGGUGUCCGGUUCUGUCAGUAUCUUCAUUAGCAUGUCCCAUUUUUGUAGGGUUGAGAUUGCUCUCCCACUGUCCCCCCUAUUGCCCUUGGCAGAAAGACUUUGCAUGAUGUCUGAGCAAGGGAGAGAACAAUUGUAGUUCAGCCUCUUGCGAGCAGGUUUGAAAGCCCGAAGUUAAAAGGCUGAAGUUAAUCCCCUUCCACUCUCUUUCCUGAGGUCGUUUAUCAGUCUGCAACUGCAUUUAGAAAGAGAGAAAACAACCAUUCAGGGUGAAAUUCCCUUUAUCUAAGGCACCUGGAUGAUGAUGUGUGGGUGGGAGAGUGGUGGGUGUGAGGGGAGAUGGAGUCCUCCCUAGGGUGCUACCUGCUGCUCUUACCUUGGACUCAUGGAAGGUUUCAGUGCAGGAAGGGGGGACACUUCAAGAGCAGGCUUGCAGUGCCCACCCAGCCAGUCACCAUAGUUACUGAUUCCCUUAGGUCUGUGUCAGAGGCUCUGACCCACCUCUGAGCUGACUCCCAUCUUCCAGUCUUGGAUCACGUUCAGAUGCCAUUUCCACCUCCUAGGCUGGAGCAUUACUCUCCAUGUGGUUUUGCUGGCUUAGCAGGGCUGCAGCAGGGCAGGCUUUGCACUGGAUCCUGUUUGAUCUCCAAUUUUGAGCUGAGAUUUUGGACUCCGCUUGUGUCUGCACCUGAGAGUGGUGGAGUUUUUUGCCUCUCCAUUUGCACUGGUUUGAAUCCAGGUAUAUGCAAUGCAUAGCAGAAACUGCCAUUGCAGCUUCAGAGUUGUUGCCUGGUAUGGCUUGAGGUCAGCCCAGCAGAGCACAAUGGCUUCUUCAGAGAAGGAUUCCCCCUGCCUCCAAUUUAAAUGACCUCUUGCAUCAAGAUCCCGUGUUUUCGAAAGUGCCUUGAGUAAAACACAUAUGUACCACAAGGCAUCACUAUGAAUCAGGUAUAUCAAAUAUAUGUUUAUAAUUAGUGGGCAUCCUUACCACAAACUGAUAUUAGAUCCAUUACUUAACAUUAGAAAACUAAACUAAACUAAACUAAAUCGCUUCCUGAAAAACUAACAGAAACCCCUAAACCCAAACAAACCAUCAUUUGCAAUAGUGGCAACUAGGAACCUACAUCUUAGGGUGAAUGUGUCUUCAGCUAUGAGACCGAAACCCCUAAACCUCGAAAAGCUCAUAAGAAAGCCAAAGAAGUCAUUGCUUCUAUUAUGUCAACUUAUGGAGGCUUUUUGGGUGAUGAUAGUCUUUCUUAUUUGCUGUUCUUUUCUGUCCUGUUUCUGCCACUUUCUUUAGGAAAUUAUAGACACCCAAAAAAAAAAAAAAAACAGUUUAAAAAAAAAAAAAAAAAAACAAGAGGGAAGUAUAAAAAAAACCAUGGAAAGGGACAGCUCUUCCCAAAGCUUGGUGGUCAGACCGCCUGCUCAUUAUAGUUUUCCGCAGCUGUGGUGGCUGCUGUCAAAAUUUUCGGUGGUAUUUUGCAGCUGCUGUUCUGACACAAGUGCAGUUCCACAACUCUGCAGCCGUGCUUUGGACUGCAAGAACAAUCCGCACCUGCAGAACAGCAGGACCUUCCAUGUCCUACGAUAAAUCCCACCCUGAGACUCUGAAAGAAUGGGGGGGUUAUAGGCUUAGGGAGUUACAUGAUUGCUGCAGGCUGCUGGAGUCUGCACAGACCUUGUGGGUACAGUUUUUAAGUGCCAAGCUUUGAAGUGUUGAAUGUUCUUGCCUGACUUGGUUUGUUGGUCAGGACAGACACUGGGUGACCACCCAGAGCUGCCUGGUGAAUAGCUGAGGCACACAGGCUGUCUGGGGGCCAGGUUUUGGUAAAGUUCCUUGAAUGCAUGAAUCUGCCAUGAAGAGAUGCUGCAAAAGAGCCAGCAGGAUAAUGGGGGGUGACUUUUUUAGAAAGCUUUAGCCUUAAUGGCAUUCCUCUGCCUUUGUGACAGACUUCUUUUCUUUCUCUGUAACUGAUAUUAAUUCUAGGUAGAACUGCAUGGCAUGCACAGGGAUCUCUGUUUAGGAUUAUCUUGCAAGUCAGGUGUAAUUUUGUGCCACUUUACAGUGAGAGAAUGUGUUAACAGGAUUAAUCUGACCUUGAAAAUUAUUUGGGCGGGCCCAGAAUGUCUGUUACAGUUCAAGUGCAACUUGAGUGGUUAAAAUGUGUAGUGGCUAAAUAGUGUAAAAUACCAAGUUCAUGAAACAAAUAUGGUGUUUCCAGGUCUAUUCCUAAUGCUGCUUUGACUCUGAUAUUCCAAUAUUAUCCAUGGCAAAUUCAGUGGAACCAGCUUGUACCUUGUAGAAGGCAGUAGCACGAUGGGUGUCCUGCAGACACAAUCAAUGCAGCCUGUGGGUGAGCUGUCCCAGGCUCUGUGUCAUGGAAGGGUGGGCAGCUGGGGGCCAAGUUCGUGGAUUUGUUCUGAAAAUUUGACUUGUACAAUUCUGAAGGACUUUGCCUCCUGAAUUCAUGACGGGAGCAUUAUGUGUUGUUUCGUGGGGUCGUUCCCGGUUCGCCUUUCCCGGCCCCUCGCGGUUGUGCAUGGAUGCGAUGAGUGUGCUGCCGACUGGGACAUUCCUUUUCUCUUAGAGAAGCAUGAGUCAUACUCCUGUAGCUCAGGCUUGACUGAAAGCAACCACCUGUAGUCAUUAAGUGCAAUAAGGACACCAAGGUGUCACUUCCACCCAAGCCAGUGCUCAAGCAGCUACGCGCCGCGCGGGGGGAGCUCUUGGCUGCAUGCUCUCCUUUCCUUUAGGAACUGUAUUCCUGUACAGAUGUCUCUGCCAGAUGCUGGUAACAGCAUUCUUAGCACUUACCUUGUGCUUUGUGUGUUCAAAGCAUUUUACCUGCACACGAGUGGAUUUUAUCUUUCUGGACUUUGAAAUAGAAAUAAAAUGUGUACAGAAAAGUAAACACUUUUCAAAGCAAAUGAACUAGAGUACUUUUAAUAACAUUUUUUUUGGUGUGUAAUGUUGCAUAUACAAGAUAGAACAGCACUUCAGGAUAAUAACUGAAAAAAAAAUAUUGUUGUCGUGAAGAUUCAGUUCUUCUGAAUCUGUAUUUGUAAAUCCUUUUUUUCCCAUUUUUCUGUCUUUACCAGGGGACAGGGGUUAGAGCAGAGCUGACUCUGGAAGUGACAAACUUAAGCUUUGCCCAUUUUUCUUUUCCCUGUUCUGCAGAAGUAGAACAACUGUAGGGACUCAAUGCUGCUGGCACCAAAGUUUGGGUUUAUUGCUAGACUCAAGUUCAGUCUUCAUUUGCCACCACAUGGAAAGUAACCCUGUUGUACAGGUGUGAACUGAAGGUUGAAUCUGAUAAUCAUAUUGGACCUUAAUAUGUAUUUUGGAUCCCAGGACAAUUUUAGAGAACUGGAAACUGCAGAAAUAACAUUGUCCUAUUUGCAAGCUGAGAGCAGUCGUUCUGGAAGUAAGUGAGACAGUUCUACAGACGUCAUCGUUUGCAUGGGUCAGAAAACAGAUGUUGUGCUCAUGAAAUAGCUUGGAGGCCUUUUGGGGGAAAAGAUGUCCUUAACUGGAUAGGAAAACAAAAAAGCCAAAUAUUUAACGUGAAAUUUGGGAGUGAGGACAUAGAGGGAUAUAUUAUAAGGAAUUGAACUUUUUUACUUGGAUUUUGAGCAUUUAGAAAACCCAAGCCUUUCUUUUUGGAUGUCAGAAUUGGACAGAUUGUUUCUUAAAAUAAAUACUUUUUUCCAAAGUGAGGUAGUGUCAAAGUGAUACCUGUUUAUUAAAAGAAGUCUUCAAAUAUAAUUUUCCUACAAAAGAGGCUUUGAAUGGGUUUUGUUAAUGUUGCUUUUAAUAGGCUGUAUCUGAAAGCUCUUUUUCAGUUCCUUUUCUUUUUCCUUUUGUACCAGAAGCUCCUGUGUUAACACAUAUCUUCAUAUCUGUAGGACCUAUAAUGCUCUAACAAACUUGUUAGAGAGGGUUUGAGAAGUGGGAUUCCUUUGGAGAAAUCCAUCUCUUCAUGGCAGCCCGGGAAGCGUGGCUCUCCUGUCCUGAGCUGCAGUGAGAGCUGUGAGCACUGAACAGCAUUAGUUUGCCUUUUUCUUGUCACUUCUCAUCUGCUCUGAUACCCUUCAGGGACUUCAAGGAAGGAAAUAGAAAAGUUGACGUGGUCACUUUCCCUGGAUGGCCCCAGCCCUUCACAUAUGUCUGUGUGGUGCUUUCCCAUGGAGCCCACAGGGAGGAGGACUUUGAUCUGUCUAGAUUUCCACAUCUGGGAAUAUUUUUUAAAACUUUCACUUUAUUUUUUUGGUACAAAUGGAUAACACAGUGUCUGCGUGUUUUAUUUGGUUUAGUAUGUUAUAGUGCAUUUCCAAAUGAAAUACAUUCUUAAAGCAAGGUGCUGAAUGGAGCUAAAAUAGACAAGAAGUCCACAUUAUUUCUGGCAGAAAAGUGGUGAAUGUUCUUAUUGACAUAAAGAAUAUUGUGCAAAGAUCAGCUCUGUGAUAUCUAACAAAUGACAAACUAAAAUCAUCCUUACUGAGGGUACAUUUAGUCAGACACAAAAUUGACCUUGUAGUGCACAGUGGGACAAGAAGGCAUAUAUUGAUUUUGAAUACUCCAAUGAUAGAAGCAUUCAGAAAGGGCUUGACCAGACCAUGAUGAAUAAAUUGUAUUUAUUUAUUAUAUUAUGCUAUGUUAAUCAGCUUCCUGAUGCAUGGCAGGUGGAAACAGGAAUCUGGGGCAGUAUUCUCACAAACCUCUUUAUCUGUUUUCUAUAAAGCAGAAAAAAGCAUUUCUUCACUAUUUUCUGCUUGGAGUUGUAAGCUUGUUUGACCCACAGUCUGAGACUAUGGGUGUGCACCAACUCUGUGUCUGGCUGUCUGCCAUGAAUACAUCAAUUAGCCUUAAUUAAAAGCCCUAUAAAAAGGAUUUUGUGUUGGGUUGAGCUCAGCCCUCCCCCUCCAGUGACAUGAGUGUAUUUUGUCUGCUUCAGAGCAGAUUCGGUUCAGACUGAGCAAUGGCAGAGUAUAUUUCUGCCUGCCUGCAGAGGAUGUAUAGACACACCAUAUGGAUAUAUACCUGCCCAUUUGGAAUAGGGAAUCAGAUCUGGUUCAUUUAAGACAGGUGUUUCAGACAGGUGGGAUAAAUCCUGCUCUGGAGGGGCCAGUCUCUCAUCAUUUACUGUAGAGUAAUGACUUCAGAUUAGACACUUGAUUUGUAGACUGCUAGAGGGUAAAUGGAGUGAAUCCAACCCAUGAUUCAAUCUCCCAGCCUGAUCUUGUUUGUAUUAAAAGGUGUCUCUAAAAGAGUCUGCUUACCAUCUUUCCAGCACUGGAGCAUUUUCACAUAGAUGUGACUGACAGUACAGGGAACACUGAAAUUCCUCAGCAUGCAGCCAGAGACAGUGUUCACCUCCUGAAUUGUUAAUUAGACAUUUGUAAAGACCAAGGAUGCUCAAUUCUUGGCUUGGGGUGAUCAGAUUUUUAAGUUUUUACCCCAAUACCAUGACAGGAUAGUCCAGGGACCCUCAUUGUCACUCACAGGUAUAUAGCAGCUGAGGUGCUCUUCAUCAUGAUGUGCAAUGCUGAGGCACAGAUGGGCAUCACCAGUCAAUUUUUGGACAGUGAAAGACUGUCACCUAUUUGGGAUCUUUGGCUGCUCUGGGGUAUUUAGGGUGAUAGGAGUUUUAGUGCUGAGCUGUGUCUUGCAGUGGAAAGAUGACAAGGCUUGGAAAUGUCCAGUGAAGGGAAGACUUGUAGUGAAGAGCAGCUUCCAAGGUACACAGAGAGUGGUGGUGGCCCAGGACACAGCAGAGCCCUGGCUCUGUGCUGUGCAGUGGGAGGAGAGUGGGGAGAGAGAGGAGAAGGAUAUAAAGAAUGGUGUCAAAAAAUAGUGACAAUAUUCCACUGAAGGCCAUAUUGUCUCUGCACAGUUACUGUUUGUGUCUCCAAAAUUUAUUUAUUUGGAAUUUGGCAGACUCCUCUUUCCUUCAGGUGGUGUAUAAGGAUGUGGCUGGCAGACCUUUCUGGAGUGACAGCUGUGGGACAGGGAAGGGCCAUUAGAGGAGACUCAGAUAUGUAUCCUUAGAGGAAUAUGUGGGCUUCAGAAGAGCCAAAGCUCUUCCAGUUUGCCAAAGACCUGUUGGAAAGGGGCAUAUCGUAUCCAAACUGUGUAUCAUCAGUAUACAGACUCUAUAUUUGAAGCUGAGCCUGCUAUAAGCAGGGAGGGUUAGACCAAGUGAUUUACAAAAGGUCCCUUCGAAGCUGUGAUGUUUUACCAUUCAGUGAUUCUGUAGAUUUUAAUAGCACAAACAGGAGGUAAAAUUGGAAGGUUCUUAGUUACAUUCCAUUAUUUUCUGGUUUUUAGUUUAAAUAUCAUACUGAGGAAUGUGGUGCCAAUUUUCAAGAUAAUAACUGUUUCUAACAGCCAAUACUCAUCAAGCAGACAGCAGAGAAAUUUGGCAUAUUCUAAAACUAUGGCAUAUAAAUAAAUCAAGCCUUUCACUGGGUGUCAGCUAAAAUCCACACUUGAUGCCAAACACUGAGAAUAAUGUCUCGGUGACUAUGCAGUUUCUGGAAGCAGUGGGCUAAUAUGGAUGCAUCAACAACACCCACACCCUCUUCCAGCCUCAUCCCCAGUCCAGUGAAAGCUGAUUACCGUGUCUGAAAAUGCCAUCAAAAAAUCAAUAGCAUUUGAGCUGGUUUUUGGUGUUGCCCUGGCAAACAUCCAAGGCUGUAGGAAAUGUGUGAAGGGCAGUGGCAAGUAGAUUUCUCAUUAGUAGCUGGAUCUGGAGGUGAUUCUCAUCCCUCUGGAUUCAGCCUGCUUCUCCCACUGUCUAUGUGGACACUAUUACUGAAAAGGCCUCAGCUUUUCCAAAGGAUCCAGGCACAUCCAUGAAGGCUGUGCACAUCACUGGAGUCUGCCCCAAGCCCCAUUCCCAGGCUUAUUCCCCGCUUGUCUAGGAAAUAAAUAAGUUUACACCUGACACUAUUAGAUUUAACUGACAAGUUAUUUUUCCAGACUCGGCAAGCUCCUCGAUGUCUAUGAUGGCUUACAGGGUUACUCACAAAAUCCAAUCUUACCAGCAGGUCUCCAAAUUAAACAGGAAUAACAGGACAAGCCUUCUGCCAUUCUCAGGGCAUUCUUUUAUUAAACAAACAUUCAUUUUUAUUUUAUUUUAUUUCUGGCCCUUUUGUACAGUCUCGAACAGCACAGUGUUGCAUAGGAUAGCUGGGAUUGGAGUGUUUUUUGGAUUUUAAUGAGCCAGUUUGAGAAGGGGAACUCAAGUGAGACACCAGCUUCACAUGCAGUCCAGCGUCUGCCAUGUGUGUGACCAUUUCCUCUGAUUUCCUCCUCCAGUUACACCUUUGGUGAACUUCACCACCAGCAGCAAUUUGAACUGGUGCCAUGCAGUGAGAGUAAAAAUUCUCUUCAUUUCCUUGGGCAGACCCUAGGGCUCUCCUCAGCAUUUCCUUGUGUGCUGUGCCAGGACAUGCAGGCACUUUCCUGUCCUGGACUUGGUUUCAGAAGAAUUUCCUGAGAUAUUGCACCUCUUUUCUCUGUCAACACAUCAUUUUCCUAGGAAAAAACUACAAAAAGCAACAUUUUCUGACUGAUCACUUGGGAAUCCACUUGCAUCCAAGGCUGCUGCCAGGACCAUUAGUGGGAGGUCACAGUUCAGUUUGUAAAUUGGGUGUCUUAUCUGAGCCCUCAUGGUAAAAGGCAUUUUUUUUCUAAAGGAAAACAAAAUUUCUGCUCUGCUUCUAAUUAGUCCUCUGUUGUCCCUGCAGGAUUAAUUACUGCCUUCUUCACUCGAAUCAUCAAAUGCUGUUUGGCAACAGCUUCUUUUUUUUUUUUAUGAUUUUAAAUAUAAUUAGGAUCCCUGGCACUACAAACAAGCUCAAUCAGGUUGUACUUUAAAAUUACAUAGCUGAAAUGUCACCUAAACUAGUAGUUUAAGCUUGGCUUUUGAAUACCAGCAACCCCAUUGCACUUGGCAGGUGUUCAGAGCUCAUCACUUUGGGGUCAUCAGUAGGUCAGUGUAAGCAUCCUUCUCCUGAAAUCAAUCACAGAAGGGAUUUUAUUCUGCAGCUCCUCCCUAGUGGGGCUUUUAGAAAAGAAUCAUGGGUGGAAGGAUGCAGUGGCACCUCCCAACUCUUCUUACUGCCUGUUGGUGCUCUGUAGAUUCACAGCCGCAUCUCUUUUUUACUUAAAAGAAGGGCUGAGGGCCACCAACUGCCUAAUUCUAUAAAAUGGUAAAUUCAAUUUAUCGAGUGGGAGAGGCAGUAGCUAGCAAUAAGGCAGGAUUUGGGUUUUAAAAAUCUGCCUGGUGGGAACUGGGCAAGCUACCAGAAAGACAAUAAAGGAUUUAUCUGGCAAUGGAUGCCAAAGGAAUGCUAAACAUGUGAGCAGGAGAAUUUAUUGAUACCAGAGGAAAAGCUCAUUAGUGUUAAAGUGCAAAGCAGGUCUGUAAAUGUACCUUUCAGCUGUCCUGGUAAAAUCUCUGUGCUCAGACAAGGGGAGUUGUGGCUUGUUUCUAUAGAGUGUAGAGCUGGCUAAUCAGCUUUCCCAGAAAAUUACACACAAAACAUGUUUCCUCAAAUGUAAUAGUUAGCACUCUUUUAUUAGCAUGGGCACAUUUCACAACUAACCUCAGUGUCAGCCUCCCCCUGCCACUAGUUUCACAGUGAUUCAGAGAUGCUCCUAAAGCUGGUACUGCAGUAUUUCUUCUAGGACAGGUUUGUUCUCUUACUUGCUUGUCACUGAUUGUCAAUUAUUUGCCCUUAAACAGAUUUGUGGCCCUGUAAGGGAUGUGGGACACCCCAAUAAGCCUGCAGCUUGUGGGGCUGCAGUGGAGAUAAAGAUUCACCGUAUUUUGUCUGGAAAACAUUCCAGCCAUAAAAAUACUCUUGCUAACUGUUUAAAGCUCCAAUGCCUUAUCAGCACAGUUUAUGUAACAAAAUCCCAUUAGUCCUGCAAACCAUUCUCACAUGAAUUAGGACAUGAUAUGCUUCAUAAACCUUACAUACCUAUUGACUAUUGUUAUGCAUAGUGCACUUGGCUGGGCUUUUACAUGCAGGUGUAGCUGCAUAUCUUGGGUUAAUUUCUAUGUGUUUUGAAAGCUUUGUAAUAUGAAGAAGAAUAUUUUGCACAAUGAAAGGCAGUGUUUCCCUUUCUUUGUCUGUUUGUUUAUCUCUUUUCUCUUUUUCCUUCCUUCCUUCUUUUCUUGACUUCUUGUUUACUUGCCUUGUAACUAGGCUAGCAACUGGUAGAAAUGAUUGAUUAAGUGAUAUUGCAUCAGCAGAUUUAAUGAGAUAAUGAUCUGUUUUGCUAUUUGUGUUCAGAAGAAAUAAUAUGCUAAUAUGAAUUGUAGUUAGAGUUGAUUUUUUAAUGUCCUGCUUAAAUACCAGCCAGUGACUGAGUGGUUCAGUAAAGUGGUCUCAGCAGAUCUCCUAAAUUGUAUUCUCUAUUUCGGAGGUAAAUAUUUUCAGGCUUUGAGCAUCUUGUGUAAAUAUUCUCAUUAAGGUCGGUGGAAAUGUUUCCAUUAAUUUCUCUAACCCAGUUCUCGCAGAGGGACCAGGACAGUGAGUUCCAGUGUGGGCUGAGCUUUCUUAAAACUGAGAACCGUGGGUACUAGAAUUUUAAUUUCAGGCCCUUGCCUAAUGCAAAUGGGUCCAAGAUUUCAUGCCCUACUAAAUGCUGCAUGCUGAUUGCAGGCAGAAAUGUAGAGGAUGUGUUUGAAGAUGAGGACAGCAAGGUGAAUUGCCAUAAAAAUCAGCUGAACCCAUCAGGGAAAGGCACUUUUUAAUUAACACAUAUUUGAAUCCAAAAGACACAUUCUUGGUGUCUGAACUGCCAGUAAUUUCCAUCCAAAGUAACUUCUCAAAAUUCAUGACUGUCUAGAAUAUCCUUGCACAAGUCAGAUAUGUACAGAAGCUGUGCAAACUCUCUCUGGGGAGAAGCACAGUUAAAAAUAAAGUUAUUAUUUCUGCCACAGAGAGAGAUGAUGACAAAGACAGGAGGUUGAGCACCAGGUACCGUGAGACUGAAUCCUGCUGUGCAGCCCUCCAUCUGAGCACUGCUGAUUCAGGUGUGGGCAGAUGUGCUCAGGUUUUGAGUCCUGGUUGUGUUUCCUCAUCUCUGUCCACACCUGGAGCAGAGCAGAGCAUCACACAGGGAAGGGGCAGCUUGUGUAGGACUUCAUGAAGUGUAGCCCCCACCCCAGAGCAGGCUUUGAAGAGUGAAGUCCUGGCUCUAUGAGGGCCAGUUUUGGCAUGGUUUUUAGGAUUCCUCCCCUGCCUCCCCCAUCCCUCUGAUAUGCAUAUGAGUUCCCACUUAGGUUUAAGCAACUAGUCACCCUAAGCUCCUAAAUGAAGAAAAAUAUAUGCGGAAUAUAUACUGGGAGGAAAGAGUGAUGAGGGGUGGGCAUGAUCUUGCCUGUGUCUGUGCACCCUCAGCUCUGUAGUGGUGUCUGUCGAAAUAUCCUUGUAAGAAAAUGCUCACAGUAUUCUCACAAUUAGUGUCAGGGGGAGAUUUUUCUAAGUGAAUUGUCAUCACAGAGGACCUUGUUACAGUCAAAAUAUGGUACUAUUUUUUUUAAGCUUUUUUUUUAGGCUUCCCCCCUCACUGCAAAUAACAACUGAAAACUAAACUGAGCAGGAGCUGCUGCACAAGCCUGCACAGAGAUGCCGAACCUAAAAAACCAGCGUGCCCUUGUGGGAUACCCACAAGGUCUGUGCUGAGCAUCCAUCCUUGGCAUAACCUACCUUCUCUUUCUUUUUCUUUGCUGAAAUGCAGCUGCAUGGUCAAUGUGCAUUUUUUUUUUCUUUCUGUGUAUCUGCAGACCAGCGCUCCCCGUCCCACACUUGUGCUGAGGCAUCUCUGUGCACCCCUGAGCACCUAACAGGGACCAUGUCAACUCUAAUCCCUGGUUUGUGGGAGUCUUUCCACUAACAUUAGCAGCACUUUCAAAGCAUAAUGGGCUUUAAAGCCUCCUUUUUUACCCUGAGGUCCUUACUUUUGAGUUCAAAUUUCAAGGUGUCCCACUAGCUGAAAAAGCACCAGGUGGUAUAAUCGUGUUUGUGCAACCCUCAUGGACAAGGUGGGCAAAACAACUGGUUUUAAAAGCUCAUGUUGGAAAACCUGGUCUACAGAGUAACUGCAGCUUUUGAAUGUAUGUGAUUCGCAGACACUGGACUGUGAGGAGGAAAAAUAUUUUGAGAAAACUCUUUUUUUGCAAGUAAGAAGUUGGGGGAAAGGGUUAUUGCUCAGAUAAUGUUUCUUUUGUUAAUACUUGCUGCUCUUUGUACACUAGCCAAUGCAAAUGACAUUCAUGUUCCUGACAAUAUUUUUGAACAGCCCAGCUAUCUUUUUUGCUCUUGUUAAUAUACUGAGGAUUUGGGGGGAUUUUAAAUGCCUCCGCCUUUCAGGAUUAUUUCUACAAAAGCAAUUGAGAACUGUAUUUUGACAGCAGGAAGCUUAUAAAAACCUAGAGAAAAAAAAAAUAAAGCAUUUGAAACUGAACAGCUAUUGAAGGAAUGCACCUCUGCUACCAUAUCUGAUCACAUCAAGGAAGGACCAUCUUUCUACUGAAAAUCACACAUCAGUUUGUACAGAGGGGAUGCUCCCUUGACCACUCGCGUGACUGCCCAGGAGGAAUGUGUGGGAACGCUUUCGUUAGUCGUGACUCUCCUGUCACUUUUGGACAUUGCCAUGUGUGGUCGGUUCAAAUCGGUUUUAUCUGUAGCAAGCUUCUUGUUGCACUUUUUCUGUUUGCUAAAAUUCAACAACAAGGAAAAUGUGGGUCACUUUAAAGCAUUGGCAGACAACUGUUUCUAACCCAAAGGAUUAUGGGUUUUAGCACAAUGAACUGUACUUCUUCAGGGAGGAUCAAUGUCGAUUUUUUUGUUCCACACGUCUUUAUUUACAUGUGGCUAUAUUUUCAUUGAUACAGAAUAAAAAGUGCAUUUUAUUGA